AUGGCGGACAAGGUUCAUACCGAUACAAACCCUUUCCUACGGCGGCCUCUCUACAUUUACGACCUCCCGACAGAACUGCUGUUAACCCUCACCAUUGCAGGACGAGAACAGUCGCAGCCGCCGCAGCCACAAGAGUCACGACCAGAGGGAAUACCUGCGGACCGAGAGAAUAGUCUCAGCGAAGAUGGCGUUGCGAACUCGACAUCAUGUGCGCUCUGCAGGGUCACCUUCGACAGUGUCCAAGACCAGCGGCUGCAUGUCAAGUCGGAUUUGCACCGGUACAACCUCAAACUCAGCAUAAAACAGACCCCUCCUGUUGAUGAAGCCACAUUUACAAAGAUGAUCGGUGACUUGGACGAGUCUCUCUCGGGAUCAGACUCUGAAGGGUCGGACGAAGAAGAUGAAGAGGUGGCCAAAGGUGGAGACAGCACCCUGACUGCUCUGCUUAGGCGACAGGCCAGGAUAUCUCAUCCACAAGCAAGUGAUGGCACGGAAGACUCUAGCAAGCGGGGUUUCGGUAAUGCGCCAUUAUUAUGGUUAUCAAGUCCCAAGAUCGGAAGCGAUGUUGGACUGGGCGUCUAUCGAGCCGUGUUGUCAAACGAGGAGCAAGAGGAAGCAUCUGUUUCGCUCGUGGAGAUCCUCAAAAAGAAGCAGCUCAAACCAACAGCCGCAAAGCAUAGUGGAAAGACGCACGGGGACGCAUCACACGCUGUGGAGAACGAACCACAUUUUUUCCUGUGCAUGAUCGGAGGCGGCCAUUUUGCGGCCAUGAUCGUCUCUCUGGUGCCUGAAUUGAGGAAAGGCCCAGGCGGAAUUGAGGAGCGUCACCCAGUCGUUAGGGCUCAUAAGACCUUCCAUCGCUAUACCACGAGACGGAAACAGGGUGGCUCUCAAUCGGCAAACGACAACGCGAAAGGAAACGCCCACUCUGCAGGUUCGUCUAUACGGAGGUAUAACGAGAUGGCCUUGGAAGCGGAUGUGAGAGCAGUACUAGCAGAAUGGAAAGGGAUGAUCGAGUCCGCCGAACUGCUCUUCAUUCGUGCAACCGGAAGUACCAACCGAAGAACACUGUUCGGACCUUACGAUGGUCAAGUCCUGAGAAGCAACGACAAGAGGAUACGUGGUUUCCCGUUCAGCACACGGCGGGCAACUCAAGCUGAGCUUUUGCGUUCGUUUCAAGAGCUUACCAGGCUAAAGGUGGGGAAACUUAUUGAGCCGGCUGCUGAAAGACACCCGUCCGAGAAAGCUGCUGCGAAGGAAUCGAAGCCGAAACCUCAAGCGCCGAAGCUUAGUAAAGAAGAGGAGACCGCUCAGUUUCAUACCUCCCAACUCCAAGGUCUAAUCCGGCGCUCAAAGGCACCUGGAGUCUUGCUUUACUUGACGAAGAACGAACUCUCGCCGGAUUUCCCCUUCUUUCCUGCGGCCGACUAUCAUCACGCGCCGACUCCGCUCCACCUCUCUGCGUCGACCAAUUCGCCAGCAUUGGUGUUAGCUUUGCUCAGCAAGGCGCACGCUGAUCCGACUAUCAAGAACGGCGACGGCAAAACGGCGUACGAGAUCGCCGGCGACGCCAAGACCCGAGACGCCUUCCGCAUUGCUCGACACCAACUCGGCGAAAAUGUCUUCGACUGGUCCGCGGCGCAUGUCCCCUCACCUCUCUCACAAGAAGAAGCCGAUGCAAAGGCGGCACAAGAGAAAGCGGCCUCCGACGCCGCGGAAGCUCAGCGCAGGAAAGCUGGUCUGGAACAACUCCGGCUGGAGGAAGAAAAGCGUAAUGUGAACAGGCUAGAAAAGAAAGCCGGAGCUGGCAAGACGCUCGCCGCCGUGGCAGAAAAGACUGGCGCGGAGAAGAGAGAGGAAGAGGUGCGUGGACUGACUCCCGAGAUGCGCAUGAGGCUGGAGAGGGAACGCAGGGCGAGAGCGGCUGAAGAGCGGAUCAGGCGUAUGCAGGGCACGGGCUGA